AUGCGCGUCUUCAUCACGGACUUGGGGUCGUCACUCUCGGCCGAGUUGGCACGCAACUGCCAGGAUGCAGGACUCGAGGUCGUGGGCACGGCCGCCCGCGGUAGCAAGUCGGAGCUGGCGGCGCUCAAGCGCCAAUUGCAGAGCCACCCCAACAGCGACGUUGAGGGGGCCGUCAAGGAGCUCGUCGCACUUCAGAGCGACUUAACGGUGUGGCGUCGACUUGUGCAGCUCGCGGACGUGGUCGUGGUCACCGCAUUGACGCUCAAAGCUUUCGAGAAACGCGGGACGACGAAAGGUGACGAGGACUCGAACGAAGGCGAAGGGGACAGCGUGAAGCGUUUCAUCGCCGUGUCCUCGGUGCUGUCGUGGAGCAAGAACGCGCCAUUCGCUGCUUCAGGCGCAGGUGCCGCUCACGUUGAGGACGACUUCAAGUCGCGCCGGCCAGCGCGCAAGUACGCGGACCUCAAAACUGCCGAGACGCAGAUCUUGAGCGCGCAUCGCACGGGGGAGCUUGAAACCUGCAUCGUAGGUGCCGAUGGUGGGGCCCAGUCACAGCUUCAGCUGAUCUUCCGCGAGGCCUGGUUGAAUCCGAAUCGGCCGCUUUUGGUGCCGAGUCUUGCCACCCCUACCCAAGGUCGAAAUUUGCUGCCCAUGAUCAGUCUCUACGACCUGGCGCUCCUGGUUUUCCGCGUGGCAGCGUCGCCCAGUAGUACGACCCUGCGCGACGUGUGCCGAGGAGUCAGCACCUUGCUCGCCUCGGGGCACGUACGUGAUCGCGACGACUCUACCAGUGCCGCUGACGGUGAAGCUGAUGCACUGCUACUGGAUGAGGAGGAGGAACUUGUAGCACCACUUCAGCUUCACUUGCGCUUCGACACGUCCGCUGGAGCGAUGCAUUCGCUGGUGGCACCGGAAGAGUGGCGCCACUAUUCGCGCGGUCUUCUCGGGAAUCUGGCCUUCUUCGUUGACGAUUUCAUCCAUGCGAUGGACUUGCGUCCACUGCGCACGGUUGUCCUUGGUGCACCUCGUGCCGGUAAAGCCCUGCUUGGCCGGCGACUUGCGAGAGAUUCCUAUCUGCCGUAUUUGUCCCCGACGACGCUGCUGAACGAGCUUUUUGCGCCUGAAAACGACGCCGCGCCUUCACUUCCGACCAAAGUUGUUCAGGCUGAUCCUGAGAGUGACGGAGGGCAGCAGGAGAACGACGGUGAGAAGCAGAACGAGGUCCCAGAGGUUUCAGAGACUCGGAAGUUGCGGGACGAGCUGCAGCAAUGGGCUCCGACUUUAACCAGUGGCUCGAGUGAGAACACCAACCAGCUCCCUAAAACCGCACUGGUAGCUUUGCUACGUUGGAAGCUGCGCAGUGCUGCGUGCCGUAACCAGGGAUACGUGCUUGAUGGACUCCCGAUCUCUGCGUCCCAGCCAAAAUUAAUCAUCGCACCGGAGCCUAGUGGUGAUGGCAACCCUGACGGAGAAGGUGAAGGGUCGGGCGAUGCUGGUGAAAAUGGCAACAGUGGCCCAGAUGAGGCGGCCGAUGGCGGUGAGGCUGCAGGUGGAGACGAGAAUGCCGAGGGGGGAACUACUGCGCCAGCAGUAGAUAUCGAGGCGGUGCUGGCACGUCUGAAGCCCCGACGACCCGUUCUCGCGCCCAACCGAGUGAUGGUGCUGCAGGCCCCGCGGACGCUGCUGGAGAUCCCUGUGUUCGAGAAGCCAAAGCAUACUCCCGACGCGACUGAGCCGAAGGCAGAAGGUGUGGAAGUGCUGGAGCUGUCUUUGCGAGACGAUCAUGCACAUCGUGACGAAACCGCGUUCACUGCUCCCGUCCAGCGUUACAUGGAGCAAGGAGGUCGAGCACCUCGCAACUUUCACCCUACGCGCGCUGAGCUGCGUGAACAGCGCCGUGCUGCCGAGAAACAAGCUCGUGAAGCUGAGAUCCGUGCAGCCCAGCGCACUCAGGAGCAGGACGCUCAGGACGAGGCCGCUCAACAGGCAAAACUCGCUCAGGAACGCGCACGGCUUGAGUUGCUACAACGCGAGGAAGCCGAACUACUGGAGACGCGAGCAAAGCCUCUGAGGACGUAUCUCAUGGACACCGUCUUGCCAGCACUCACGGAGGGAAUGCUGGAAGUCGUCAAGGUGCAGCCCACCGAUCCCAUAGAUUAUCUGGCAGAGUUUUCUUUCGCAAAGGCCAGGAACUAG